AUGGGAAACAACAGUGAGAAUGAGUCGGAUAAUGAUGAUGUUCGUGGACAAUUGGUCGAACAAGGUUCGGGAUUGGCUGAAGAAGUAAGAGCGUUGAAACAACAAAUGGCAGAUAUGUACCAAGCCUGGGUGAAUGGACAAGCACCGCCCUCACUACCCCCGGGGCCUCCGGAUAAUCUUCAUAAUGUGUCAGUUGCAAAUCAAGUGCCUAUCUCCAUAAUAAGUAACCCAUUGUACCAACCUGGAUUCAGUCCAAGCAUUAACCUCCCCACUAUCCCCAGCACCUCCACUUCACGUCCUCCAGCCGCACCCUUCAGAAAUGACCCACAUACCGUACCCAUUGUCCCUACUUUCACCAUCCCUCAACCGGCUCUCGCUCAAAAGCUCAACAAUGAUCCACAAUUGAAUGAUCAUGACACCCAGCAUUACUCUCCAGAACUGACUUUCAAGGUUCCAGAUUCAUACAAGCAUACUCCUCAGUACGUGUCCCCAGUCGACAUCGAAAAGCCCAAUAAGAAUAUGGAACAAGAGGAAAUGACCAGAAAAAUGAAGAGUUUGGAACAAACCAUGAGAAACAUACAGGGUUUGGGAGGCCACAAGAGUGUUUCGUUCAAUGAUUUAUGCAUGUUCCCCCAUGUUCAUUUGCCACCUGGAUUCAAGACCACUAAGUUUGACAAGUAUGAUGGUCACGGUGAUCCUGUGGCCCACUUGAAGAGAUACUGUAACCAAUUGAGGGGAGCAGGGGGCAAAGAAGAAUUACUCAUGGCUUAUUUUGGGGAAAGCUUGACGGGAAUUGCUUCAGAGUGGUUCAUAGAUCAAGACGUCUCUCACUGGCACGUUUGGAAUGACAUGGCUCAAGAUUAUGUCCAACAAUUUCAGUACAAUAUUGAUAUUGUGCCAGAUCGCUCCUCUCUUGUCAACAUAAAGAAGAAACCGACAGAAAGCUUCAGAGAAUAUGCAGUCAAGUGGAGAGAGCAGGCUGCUAGGGUCAAACCACCAAUGAAAGAGGCAGAAAUGAUUGACUACUUUCUCCAAGCUCAGGAUCCUGAUUACCUCCAUUAUAUGUUGGCCGCCAUUGGUAAGCCUUUUGCUGAAGUGAUUAAAAUUGGGGAAAUAGUUGAGAAUGGCAUGAAGUCGGGCAAAAUGGUGAGUCAGGCAGCCCUUAAAGAAACCACGCAAGCAAUUCAAAGCGGGUCAGGCAGUUUUGGAAAUCGAAAAAAGAAGGAUGAAGGAUCCAUGAUGGCAUCUGGAUUCGGGGAAGUUCAAAGAGGAAUAGUUCCUUCAUACGUGCAAUUUCAACAAGGACAGUCCGAUUCUCCUCAACAUUAUUAUCCGCCUCAGGGUCCUCGAUACUCAGUUCCCCCGCAACAAUACACGGUGUUUAAUGCUCAGGCUUAUGCUAGGCCUCCCAAUCACCAACAAUGGCGAGCACCGAUUCCACAAGGCGCCCGUCAACUCCGGCCGAAUUUUCAGGCGCCAUAUAAUCCUCGUCCCAGACAGGAAUAUGUUAGAGAACAGGAGCCAAAGAAAGAGUUCACCCCAAUUGGAGAAUCGUACACAAGCCUAUUUCGAAAGUUGAUGCAGCUAAAAUUGAUCGAACCUAUCAUGCCACGUUAUGUGAAUCCAAAUUCAAAGGGUUUUGACUCUAACGCAAGAUGUGAGUAUCAUUCUAACACCCAAGGUCAUAGUACCGAAAAUUGUUGGACAUUAAAGAAAGCCAUUGAAAAUUUGAUUGAAGCAAAGGCAAUUGUGGUGACAAACAAUGAAGAUACUCCUAAUAUCACAAACAACCCGCUCCCAGUUCAUGAUAAUACACACUUUAUUGGGAUGAUUGGUGAUGAUCGUGACUAUAAAUAA